CAAAAUUGCAAGAUAAAAGAAAAUAAGAAAACCAAUUUUAGAAACAAAAUAAUGAUAAUGAAAUAUACUCUCAUCAUCCAAACUAUCAUCUCAGGAACAAACGAUGAACAUAUUCAUGAAAAUAUUCCAAAGAGAACUUCAAAGGAAAAAGAACAAUUAUUCAAUUUGUUUCAAAAAACAACUUUAUUUUCUGAAAUUAUUACGCCACCAAUUCAAGCAAAUGAUCAUCUUAAUGAAAAUGAAAAAGUUAUGGUUCAGAUCAAGAAUCUGAUAGGAACAGAAAUGAAAAUUAAUCAUAUUCUAUUUCACAAACCUUCUUCACAAGUGGAAAACUGGAAAAUUGAUGUUGGCAAUUCACUUAAAGGUUCUAGAAAUUGCAAGAAUAAUAUUGAUUUGAUUAAGAUUGAAAAAAUAUCCAAGUAUCAUGAUGAUCAAAUUAAGAAAAUUAAAGUCACUUUAAUUGUCUGUUUUUUAAAUAAAAUUCCUAAAUUUAAUCCAACGACUGAUACAGGAAAUCAGAUAAUUGCAAAGCCAUGUUUGAAUCAUUUGAAUUCUAGAAUAUCUGUUGCAAGUACAUUAUAAUAAAAUAUAUAGAUUGUAUUACAGCAUCAUUUACAAAAGACUUCUU